UAAUACUAGAAAACGCUUCUUCUUUUCGAGGGUUGCAAGGUGGCUUCCUGCUGGAAUGCACUUCACUCCUUUGAACAAUCAAUCAAAAUUACUACAUGUAGUUAGUUGUAGGCAGCCAUAUCUAGCUAGCCGGCCGGAGAGAAACAGUGGGAAAGUAGGAAAUGACAGGAUGGAAAGAAGCGAAGGACACCGUGAGUGAAAAGAUGGCCUCCCAUCGCAAACCAACCGCACCCAAAUGCAAGACACGAGGAGAGGAGAUCCGAACUGCAUGCCGAAAUCGGAUCGAAACAAUCCGAACUCGAUUCGAAGAUUUUGACACUUUCAGUCCCUUUUUAUGCGUCAUGAGGAAAGACGGCACUCCGAAAUGCCGAUGAUCGUUUCCAUCGCCGCAAUUUGCUGUCCACCGUUGGUCAAUACCGCCAUCAUCGGAGAGUCAAAGCAACCCGUUCUCAUACAAUUCUACCAUCCUGGUCGGAGACCUCUCGUGUCGAUUCCUUGAAGAAUUUUUAUUGUUGCGGUUAUUACCACUGAAGCCUUUCCAGUUGCCGCACACCCGCAAUACCGCAGGAUAGUGCCAAGGUGGUCAGAGUGAGUGAGCUACCGUAGCUGAGCCUCUUCAAGUUGGUACCGGGUAAUUCGGAUCGUAUCCAGAGCAUCCAUCCAGCAUCAUGUCUUCUUCUUCCCAGGAGGAUCAAGACUGCGCCAAUCUGGCAAGAGCCGCCUUGUUUCCCAAACGGAUGCAUCGCGAUGUGGCCGACGCCUCGCACUUUCCGGCCCUUCUGCAGUUGGAUCUACUACGCAAUCAAGUCCUGUCGUCGACGCCCAAUGCAUCCAUCUCCUCGGUCUUUCCCCGCCACGUUUUGGUAGUCCGAAACUUGGCCGAUGGAGGCACUCAAUGGAAUGGAGAACCCGAUCUAGAUGACGAUGGCGCGCAAUCAUCCUUCCAAGUCAUUCCCGAUCGUUUGUCCGUGACGUGUAGUAGCCGCCAAUGCAAAGAUUUGGUGUCGUCCCAACGAGCAUUUCGUCGUACCAUUCGCGGGGAGGAAGAAGAAAUUGUCUUGUGCAGCGAUCGUAUUUUGAAACCGGAUAGUCAAGACAAACGAUACAAGGGCGUCGCCAGGGAAUUGCCACCCAAAUCCUACCAAGCAGUAGAAGAAGUCUUGGCGCAUCAACUCGUACAAGUACGCAGCAAUAUCCACGACAACAAUGCGGCAAAAGUACAAUUGGACGCGGCGAAAGCGGCCGAAUGUUACUUUAGUCGUCAUGCGUACGAAGGAACGAUGCAAGUCAAGAAAGGAUCGCGUCUGCAGACGGGAUAUUCGUGGUUGCCUAGUUUUGCUCAGAAUUGGUCCAUGAACAAGUGCCUUUCGGCCGUCGCCAUGGAACAGUUGGUGGCACAAAAAUUAUGUCAAAACAAACAAGAUGCCAAGGAAGCGGUCCAAGCUGCCUUGAAGAAGAAUCAGGAGCAGCAAUAGCAGUGAACGAAACAUUUAGUAAUGAUCGUAAAAAGUACCAGUAGAUGGUUGUGAGAACUUCCGCUGUACUAGCUUGCUAGUUGGAAUUUCUUCUAGUUAGUUGGAUGGAUCGAAUCCAAGUCUUUCUCUACCGGUAGCCACUAUUAAUAGCUACUUGGCAAGUAAAUACCGGGCAUUCGUCAGUACAGUAGUAUUAUGUUGGUCGGAAGCCCAAGCAUGCCGAUCGUUGUUGCUUUGAUGGCAACGUACCUAAAACACCCAGGCAUCAAUCUCUUCAAGGUUGUAAUGUAGGACUCAUGAACGAAGAAGGGAGCAAUGAAUUCAUUAAAUUGUCGUCUAGUUAG